UUGUCUUCUAAUAUUUCUCUCACUCAAAACACACAACUCAACACAAACCCACAGAGAGAGUGUGAGUGAGGGGGACAUUGAAGGAAGGCUGUGUUUUUGUAGAGAAGAGAAGAGGAGAAUAGAGAGAGAGAAGCAUGCAAUACAAUACAGUGAUGGGAGGAAUGGCAGUGGGGCCCACGAGAGAUGAGCAUUGUUGGGAAUGGGGGAGGAAGUACAUGGAGUAUGAACUUUGCAGCGUCAAAGACGGCGUUUCGCUGACACUAGGUUUAAUCAGUGUGGUGAGUUGGGGUGUUGCUGAGAUACCUCAAGUCAUCACAAACUACAAAAACAAAUCCACGGACGGUCUGUCUCUUGCUUUCUUGAUGACUUGGAUACUCGGGGACCUUUUUAAUCUUUUCGGCUGCAUGUUGGAACCUGCUACGCUUCCCACACAAUACUAUAUGGCAAUGUUGUAUACAAUUACCACAGCUGUUCUUGCGGUGCAGACCAUAUACUAUGGCUGCAUAUAUCCUCGACUUAAACACAAUUUGAGACAGAAAAAGGGUUCCAAGUCUAAUCUGACUGAGGUUAGAAGAAGCAAUACUGACUUCGUUGGGAAACAGGUCAAUCAUGAUGGCAGGAGUAUUGGGUUUGACACCCCCAGUGCAGGAAAUGUUUUGAGUUCACCCAUUCCUCUUCCUGGAAUUUGUCCAAGUAUUUCCCCCGGAAGAGAAUCAUACUACAUAUCAGCAAGAUCUCUAUCAAGGAGUCAUACCCCUACAGAAAGGUCUUAUUUGGCACAAACAACAGCUCCUACAUUUAAUCAUAUUCGGAAUUCCAAUGAAGAGCCCUUGCUUGGUGCACUUGCAUCUACACAUUCUGCACCAUCUAAUAAUAUCAAGACCGUCCUCUCUGUGGUCUCUCUGAUGACCCUCUUUGGCACUUUUAAUCACCGAUCAGUAGAUAACAAACUUGAUUUAAUUGUUGAAAAUCCAAGUCGAGGAGUAGUGAUGCGAGUAGGAAGAAGGCUGUUGCAGGUAAGUAGUGAGCUGUUGCAAGCAAAGGGUACUAAAGAUAGCAGCAGGAUAGGAAAUUUGCUUGGUUGGGGAAUGGCAGCUAUUUACAUUGGUGGACGGCUUCCUCAAAUUUUCUUAAAUAUCCGAAAGGGCAAUGUUGAGGGGCUUAAUCCUUUAAUGUUCGUCUUUGCUGUUCUUGGAAAUGCGACUUAUGUAACAAGCAUUAUUGUGAACAGCUUGGACUGGUCGGAGAUCAGACCAAAUCUUCCGUGGCUGGUGGAUUCUGGAGGAUGCAUGCUUCUGGAUAUUUUUAUACUAAUUCAAUUCUUCCGAUAUUGGAGACACCAAGACCCAGAGGGUAAGGAUGUACACUCCAAUGCAGCCUAGUUAAUGAAGGGAUGACAUAAACUUUUCAAGAUGCUUUUAUGGAGCCAUGGAUGUUCGUAAAUCUUUGAAGCUGCCUUUUUGGGGUCUCAUCCGAAGUGACGCAGUCGCAUUCACGUGAGCCGGAAAACUGAAAUAAGUUCAUAUUUGUGCAGUCAAUUGAGUAAUCAGCAGGCUCCGCAGCCAAUGGGUCAUUUUAGUGCUUUGAUUUUGUACCCUACAUUACCAGAUCGGCAGUCUCUGCACAUGAAUUCUGUCCAAGCUAUGUAGCUGUUGACAUUAUUUGUCUAUUUUUUCCUUAAGUGAAGCAGGUGCUUUUCUCAAAAGUGUACCCUCUCUUUUACCUUGUGAUGAAAUCUCUCAGGAGCUGCCCACUGGUUGGAAUGAUAUUAACUCUUAUUAUUCAUUUCUAUGUUACGUCAAAAUGAUUUUUGUAGC